AUGGCAGACACCAUGCCGGUCCAGCCAUUAGAGCGCAAGGAGCGCAAUGCAUACGUUUCGUCUGGAGCGCGACCGGCCAAGGAGACCACGUUCCGUGAAUGGGUGGUCACCAACCAAAUCGGAAUCUCCUUGACUACCCUGGCUAUGUUGCUGGCUCUUCAUAACCUCUACCCCUCCCUCCGCCCAUAUACCCAACCCUUCUUCCAAUUGUCCUACUAUGACGAAGCCUCGAAUUCCUACGUACAAGGAUGGGACGAUGUCUACUUCGUUCUCAGUGCCACCAUCGCUCUCACCGGUAUCCGCGCCAUUGCGAUUGAAUGGGUGAUGCAGCCAAUCGCUCGGGCUUCAGGGCUGAAGCGCAAGAAUGCCGUUCGUAUUGCUGAGCAGGGUUGGAUGGCGAUGUACUAUGGCUUCAUUUGGGUGGUUGGACUGUACCUCUGGAAGACUUCCUACUACUGGGGUGAUUUCGCCGCCAUGUGGUCGCAGUGGCCCGCUCGCCCUUUGUCCGGAUUGAUGAAGUGGUAUCUUCUCGUUGAGUUGGCGUUCCUGAUGCAGCAGAUCUUCGUGAUCCACGUGGAAGAGAGACGGAAGGAUCACGUCCAGAUGCUGUCCCACCACAUUAUCACCAGUGCUCUGCUUGGUUCGGCCUAUAUCUACGCCAUGUACAAUGUUUCUAACGUUGUGCUGUGUCUUAUGGACAUUGUGGACGUUUUGUUGCCAAGUGCCAAAAUACUCAAGUACCUCAAGUACGAGACCGCCUGCAACAUUGGCUUCGGCCUCUUCAUGAGUACCUGGCUCCUUACCCGCCACAUGAUCUACCCCGUCGUGUGCUGGUCGGUAUAUCACCAGCUGCCCCUCAACCUCAACUAUGGCUGCUACAGCGGCUCUACCAGCGAAUUCAUCUCAGCCGAGCCCCCGAAUUCCUUCGCAUACAUGCUCGGCCCAUACUUCAGUCUGGACAACCCCAUCUGCUUCAACCCCACGCUCAAGUGGAUCUUCCUGGGCUUACUGUUGGUUAUCGAGAGUCUAUCCAUUGUGUGGUUCAGCAUGAUUGUCCGCGUUGCCUACGGCGUGAUCUGUGGCGGUAAUGCCGAAGACUCCCGCAGUGACGAGGAGGACGAGGUCGAAGUCCCAAGCUACUCUGCAUCACACGCCCCGUUGCACCUGGCCGCAAAGGACGGGGUCACUGUUGAACUGGUUGAGGGCGAAGAAGCCCCCGGUCUGGACCGCCGGCGGUCCAACGGCACUGCUUCGGUUCGUGCACGGGGCCGCGGACGCGUUCCCUUCGACCAGAGUGAUCGCAAAGCCCUCCUUGGCCGCAUUGGGUGUGAAAAGCCCACGUAA